AUGGUGGUGCAACAUGAAAAGCCCGACAUCUUGAUCAACGUACAUCACAGCUUACAUGAACCGAUCGUGGCGCCAAUAAAAGAUCUCAAAACCGAUCUUAUGUACAACCAGUUUCAGUCCAAUGUCGAUUUCUUCAGCAACUACUCAAAACAUAUCGUUAUUGAUAUGCCGUACUACAAAUACCCCAACACAUACACCGCUGCAGUGUUGGCUAAGCGAAUCCAACAAGGGCUUCCUCCAGGUGAUGAUCUCGUUGUUACGUGGGAGGUGAGUCUGAAUAUGAAAUUUAUGAUAUGGUUAUUAAUUAUACUUUCUGCAUAA